AUGAAACAUAACAACGUUAUCCCAAAUGCUCACUUUCAUAAAAAGUGGCAAUUACACGUCCGCACAUGGUUUGACCAACCUGGUCGCAAAGCUCGCCGACAUCAAAAACGUUUAACCAAAGCUCAACGUGUUGCUCCACGUCCAGCUAAAGGUUCAUUACGGCCAAUAGUUCGUGGUGAAACACGUCGUUACAACACAAAAGUUCGUGCUGGACGUGGUUUUUCAUUGGAUGAAAUUCGUGCUGCUGGUCUUCACCCAACCUAUGCUCGAACAAUUGGAAUUUCUGUUGAUCAUCGACGACGAAAUAAAUCAACUGAAGCUCUCCAACUCAAUGUUCAACGUUUGAAACAAUAUCUUGGCAAACUUAUCUUAUUCCCAUUGAAAGCCGAUAAACCCAAGAAGAACGAUGCUAAACCUGAAGAAACCAAAUUGGCUGUUCAAUUGAAGAAACAACGUGUUAUGCCAGUUAAACAACGUGUUACACGGGAAAAAGCUCGACCAGUCAAUGAUGCUGAUACGAAAUUUCAAGCUUUUCAAGCUAUUCGUAUGGCUCGUGCUGAUGCACGUUUAAUCGGUCAACGUGAAAAGAAAGCUAAACAAGCUGCUGAAGAUGAAAAGAAACCCAAAAAAGAAAAAUAA